AUGCCGGUCGAAAAAGAAGCGCCUCCUGGGUGGGAGUCCAGGGAAAGGGAUCCGGCGAGGGCCUCGGCCGAAGAAGCUCCGUCCGGGUUGGAGCCCAGGGAAGGCGAUCCCACCAGCGGGCGGGGCGAAGAAGCUCCUCCUGCGUGGGAGACGAGGAAAGGGGAUAAGAUGAGUGGCCCGGCCGAAGAAGAAGUUCCUCCAGGUUGGGAGAGGAGGGUAGGGGAUCCGACGACCAGCUCCGCCGAAGAAGCUCCUCCUGGGUGGGAGACGAGGGAGAGGGGUUCGAUGAGCAGCCCGGCCGAAGAUGUUCCUCCUGGAUGGGAGAGGAGGAAAAGGGAUACGAGAAGCAGCCCGGCUGAAGAAGCUCCUCCUGCGUGGGAGGCGAAGGAGAGGGAUCCGACGAGCAGUCCGUCCGAAGAAGUUCCUCCGGGAUGGGAGACAAGGGAAAGGGAUCAGAGUAGCUGCCUGGCCGAAGAUGUUCCUCCUGGGUGGGAGACGAGGAAAAGGGAUCCGACAAGCAGCCCGGCCGAAGAUGUUCCUCCUGGUUGGGAGAGGAGGGAAGGGGACCCGACGAGCAGCCCGGCCAAAGAAGAUGUUCCUCCUGGUUGGGAGAGGAGGGAGGUGGAUUUGACGAGCGGCCCUGCCGACGAAGAUGUUCCUCCUGGUUGGGAGAGGAGGGAAGGGGAUUCGACGAGCGGCCCGGCCGACGAAGAUGUUCCUCCUGGUUGGGAGAGGAGGGAAGGGGAUUCGACGAGCGGCCCGGCCGAAGGAGAUGUUCCUCCUGGUUGGGAGAGGAGGGAAGGGGCAAUGACGAGUGGCCCGGCCGAAGAAGCUCCUCAAGGGUGGGAGAGAAGGGGAAGGGACCUGACGAACGGCCCGGAUGAAGAAGUUCCGCCCGCGUGGGAACCUUCAGCUCCGCUGCAAUCACAACCUCCUGCACUCCUUUCACCAGCUCAAACUACAGAAAUGGGUCAGAUGGUCUGUGGUGGUUGUCGCCAACUGCUGUCUUAUCCUCGGAAUGCAAGUUACGUCCAGUGUGCUUCCUGUCAGACAGUUAAUCUUGUACUUGAAGCUCAUCAGGUUGGCAAUGUGAAAUGCGGGAGAUGUUCUGUUCUAUUGAUGUACCCAUACGGAGCUCCAUCUGUGAGAUGUUCUUCAUGCUGCUUCAUUACUAAAAUUGGAGAGCAUAAUGUUCGGCCCCCACUCUCUGUGCAGCAAGGCCAACCACCCACCGGAAAUCCUGUAUGUUAAAACAAUCUCCUGCGCAUACCUCUUGAUCCUAAUCAGAAUCAGUAUACUUCAUGUGAUACAGUUAAUUAUUUAUUUGGAAAGCUAUUAACAUACAUGUCUAUUAAGUGAGAUCUCUGUAUUAUUGUCGUUAUAAUGACGUGAUUAUGUAACCUGAGACAAAUGUCUGCCAGUUUUUUGGAAUAAAUUGGUGCAUGUAACUGUAGGUAAACCAAUUGUGAACCUAAACUUAGGAUUGCUCAAAUAAUAUUUUAUUGAUAUGCAAAAGUCUGGGGUUCAUUCUCACAUGCUUCUUGAUCACGACAGAAGAUAGCAAUUUGACGAUGCUAGAUGUUGAUUUCAGGUAAGUAUGAAAAAAGAACAAAGAUGUGAUGGGGAUAAAAAGAGGAAUAACCUUUGUAUAGGAACAAAUACUAGAAGACCAAAAUACGCAGCGGAAUAAAAUGGAAACACAAUCAAACAGAACACCAAGAUAUACGUGGAAAACUCCUUCAAUGUGAAGGGUAAAAACCACGGGGCAAACUAGAGAUAAUCCAUUAUGAGAAUAAUGAAUAUACAAAUCUCAAUCUCUUGCCCAAAACCCUAGCAACAACCACAAGAGAAUAACUGGGAUACAAGGAUCACGUCACUGCCCACAAUAUCUAAAACCUCCCCAAGUAAUCACAGCAAGAGUCUACUGUAGAUUUGAUCUAACCUGAGAUGAGAACACUGCUAGAUGAUUGUGAACAGUCUCUCUGCUCCUUCUUCUCUUUGGAAUCUCGUGGCCUCAAAUCUCGUGGCCUCAAAGAUCUACUUCGUUGCUGCCUUUUUAUAGCCUUAAUCUGCCUCUAAAACGCAACGCAGUCACCACACCUCCCUAAUCUUAAUUAGGGUUAGGUUAAGAGAGGGUGUGGGCUGUGGGCUGAUAAAGCCCACAUGGACUGAAUAUGGGCCAUCAGCCCAACAGAUUUCAGAUAAGUAUGAAAAAAGAACAAAGAUGUGGGAAAUCAUGAAAGGGUUACGGGUACUGUUGAUCCACAGCCACUAACUCCCUCCCGUGGUUUGCACCGCAUGAGAGGAUGAUCAUGAGUACGUAGCGACACAGGCCACCACGAGCGUGCGCUGAUGCUACCGCUUACUCAUCGCCGGCCACUCCAUCUUUCCCUGCGCACCAGCGCGACUCGUCCACAAGAUGGAUUGCCAACAGCAGAAGCCAACUCGGCCGGAAGAAGGAGCACGGCAUAAAUUCCACUCGUCGCCACAUCUAACCGAGUCCAACCUGCGCCGGAGAAGGCAGACUUCUUCUCUCACAUCACCGUCAUCGGAUCGCCUCGUCACUCCCACCACCAUGAAGGGUUCGGGCGCCGUGACGAUCGCGUCCACGGUGAUCACCGCUGCCGCAUCGUACUCGACCGCCGUGUCCGGUUCCUCCCUCCCCGACCCCCCGAAACAGCAAUCGGCAGACCAGGUAAUUUGCACGCGAGUCAUGGUUCCCUACGAAUCUUACGAAGCCUAGUCUCGCUUCUUGGUCGCGCAGGAAGAGCAGCGGCGGCGGUCAUCGGAAGACAGAUUCGCUCCCAGGUUCGAUGGGUUGCGGUUCGUAGAGACUCUCAUCACCGCACAUCGAUGAUCCAUGACGACGACUGACGCAACCAUCUACCCUAUUCCUACAUCAUUUCAUGGAUGUAAUGCUCGCAGUGAUUCGUAUCAUUAGUUUGACAUAAUUGUAUUUCUCUUUUUUUAUGUACGGAACUGAUUGCUGUUUCUUUUUUUUUUUAAUACCGGAAAAAUACUUUUAAUUUUUUUUUA